AUGUCCUCCAUCACAUACCAAAACCUCCCCGGUCCAGUAGGCGACUGCCUCAAACCUCUCUACGCAACAACAGCCAAAAUCCCCGUCUCGCAAUCAACCUGUCUUAUUUACACGAGCGGCCAUAUUGGUCUCGAUCUUGCGACCGGUAAACUAGUCUCGGAGACACCCGAGGCCGAAUUCGAAGCCAUCUUCAAGUGCCUGGAUGCGGCGCUGAAACACGCCGGUGCUGCGCAGGGCCUGACGCAGAGUUAUCGAUUCACAAGCUACUUAGUCCACGCAGAAGACGAGAAGAUCAUGCAAGACGUAUUUCAAGGAAUGUUUCCCGGACAUACGCCGACUUGGUGUACGGUUCUUGUUAAGGAGAUCAAUGUGAAAGGCAUGCGGGCGGAGAUUGCGGCAGAGGGCGCGGUUUUUGAGUAA